AUGACCUCUCAUCCAACCAAGUUUCGAUUUAAGUCCAAGAGGAAGUGUGGGGAGGAUGAAAAUGAACGACCAUCAGGAAACCAUACGGAGGAAAGACAUCGCCGUCAUCAUCAUCGCUCCAAACGAAGCAGGACAUCGCCUUCUGCGACCAAAGAUGAUCCAUCCCUCUACGAUGAUACCCACCUUCCUAAUACUUCCUCCAGCCAAUACCUCGACCCAGAUGCUGCAUUCAGAGAGAGUUUAUUUGAUGCGAUGGCCGACGAUGAAGCUGCACAAUAUUGGGAAGGAGUUUAUGGGCAGCCAAUUCACACAUAUCCUGACGUCAGGCAAGGACCGACAGGCGAACUAGAACAAAUGACUGACGAGGAAUAUGCAGCAUAUGUUAGGGGUAAAAUGUAUGAAAAAACCCACCAACAUCUGAUGGAGGAAAAGGCUCGGCGCGAGGCAGCUAAAAAGGAACGAGAACGUCUGGCUCAGGAAGGUAGGAGAGAGGAGAGAGAGGCCGAGCGAUUUAGGAGACAGGUUGAGGAGAGCCUAAAAAGGGGUCAAGAGAGGAGGUCAAAGAAAGUUUGGACGGCGAAAUGGAAUAACUACAUUAAGAAUUGGGAAGAGCUUGAGAAGAAUUCUUCGAAAGUUGCAAUUGCGUCUAUACCUUGGCCAGUGGAAAGUGGCAGUCGAAAAGAUGUCAAAUCAGAGGAAAUCCGACGAUUUUUCUUAUAUGCACCCACCUCUGGAGAACCUACAGAGUCACAACUCAGCAAGACCUUGAAGGUGGAAAGAGUUCGGUGGCAUCCUGACAAGAUCCAACAGAAACUAGGAGGGCAGGAUGUUGACGAAGGGGUAAUGCAAGCUGUAACAGCUGUUUUCCAAAUUGUCGACGGGAUGUGGUCAGAGAGCAGGAGUACAAAAUGA